AUGGAUUUUCGCGAGUUGAACAAAAUCAAGAAAGAAAACAAAAAGAAGCCCAUACUUGUAAUCAAAGAUCGAAAAACUGUUCUAUCGGCUUUGGAUAUUCAGAAGUUGUUGGGCUUGACGAUUUUCCCUCAGCAUUUCGUUAAAUGGCCUGAUUGGUGUUCUAUCACCAAGCCCUCGUUUAUCAAGAAUAUUGUUCUGAUAUUCAUUAACAGAGUAAAUACUGUGAAAUCGAACGAGAAAUACGGGCAACAGUUUGCUCUGAUGUUUGGGGAGCCAUUGAAAGUAUUAAGUCCAGAAGCCUAUAAGUAUACAUGGGACAGAGAAAUUUCUACUGUCCCCAGAAGUUUCCUCACAGCUCACGCAGCAGCUAUGACGGAUUUAAAUAAGUCAAUACUAACUCCUGUUCCCCGUCGCACGUGGGUAAAUGAUGAAAAAACUAUAGAUAAAAUGCGUAUAAUCAAAUCAGUUCACAAAAUAACUAAAGAACAGUUACCUUCACAGACUAUUACUACUACGACUACUAUUGAACCGGUAGAAAAACGCACUCCUAAAAGAAAAGCUGAUACACUUUUUCCAUUACCCAUACCAGGUACACCAGAUGCAUUCGAUAGAACUUUACUGGUUUUAAAUGUUGAGCAAAUGAAAAAAGAAAAUGUUCCGUUACCUAAUGAAUUCUUAGUCGAUCAACGUAAACACUUCAAAAAUCGUUCAGAUUUUGUACCGACUAAACCUGUAUACCUUCCUGUAUCAGCCAACAGUCCAAUGUAUGCAGUAGACUGUGAAAUGGUACUUACAUCCGUAGGAAGUGAGUUGGCUCGAGUGACUAUGGUUGAUGAGAAAGCAACAGUUAUGUUCGAUCGCUUAGUGAAACCGCCAAAUCCUGUUAAAGACUAUUUAACUAAAUUCAGUGGAAUUACUAGAGAUAUGCUUGCAUUAAUAGACACUACACUGGAAGAUAUACAGCGUGAAUUAGCUGAAACGUUACCAGGAGAUGCCAUCUUAGUUGGUCAUUCAAUUGGAAAUGAUUUGGAAGCCAUGAAGGUUUUUCAUCCGUACGUAAUUGAUACAAGUGUCAUCUAUAAUCUAAAAGGCAAUAGAGCGGCUAAAACACGUCUUCGAUUUCUAUCAGAACAUUUUCUUGGGCGAAUGAUUCAAACUGGUAAAGGAGGUCAUUCUUCCGCUGAAGACGCUAUUGCUACAAUGGAUCUUGUGCGAUUAAAAUUAAGUCAAGAUCUUGGAUUUGGUGAUGUGACUACGUCUUGGCGUUUUCCAGAAGAUUAUCAAUCACCAAUAGAAGCUAAGUCUGCUAGAUUUACUGCAUUAACAAGUGAUAAACAAAACUCAAAUAUCUAUGGUAAUUUACAGGAAAACAACAACAAUACUACUACUAUUACUACCAACAAUAACCAAUUAAUUUCAUCAAUAUGUAACAAUUUAUUAACAGAAAGUCAAUAUUUUGAAUCUCAUCCAGUUUUUCAAGAACAUUUAUUAAAAUUAUGUUCAUUUUAUAAAUCUUUGGGUAAACCAAUUCACUUAUUUAAUCGUUUACUACAUGAUUCCGGUAUAACUUAUGCUUAUUGGCCAAUUUAUGAAGAAGAAAACGACGAAGAACAACGACAGCAAAGAAAAGAACAAGAUAGAGAAAAGGAAUCAGUCCAGCAUAUUAUUACCGAUUCAGAACAUAAAGAUAUUUUCAUACCUAUAGAUUUUAAUUCAAAUGAUCAUCAAACGACUGCUACUAAUAAUGUAAACACGAGUACUACUGCUACUACUACUACCAACAGUGAUGAACCUACAACAACAUUAGCAGUAGUCAAUAAGAUUUCGAAAAAAUUAUCAAAUUACAUCGUUGAUUUGUGUGAUUCACAUAGAUUAGUAAUGAUACAGGCGAAUUGUUCACCUGAAUGGGAUAAAGCAAAAUGCUACCAUAAAGUAUCCAAAUUCUGUACAAAAUUAUAUUCAACUUUAAAAGAGAAUAGUUUAAUCGGUGUUAUUUGUACAGGUUCUGAUUUUCAAAAACCAUUGUCUAAAAAACGUACACAUGCAAAUAUUUUAAAAUCAGCUGCAUGCAAUUUUUAUAUAACACUCAAUUCAAAUGUUGUUAUUCAAACUACCACUAAUGAUAACGGUUCCAUAUGA